AUGAACCGAGAUAAACCCGUUCUACUGUUGGUUGGAAGAACCGGAAAUGGUAAAAGUUCCACCGGAAACUCCAUUCUUAGGGAGGAAGUGUUCGAAACUCGAGCAGCAUGGGAGAAGGCAAUUCAUGACACACCGGCCAGAAGUGAAACUGGUUCAUGUGUUGUGGUGGACGGGUCUGGUAUUGGUGACACCGGGGACGAUUUGAUUGGUGGACAAUCGGCUGCUAACCAUUCAAGUGAUUCGGUCUUUGAACAUUGUGGUAAGACCAUCACAGCCAUCAUCUUGGUGCUGAAGUACGGCGUGAGAUUUACCAAACAAGAAAAAGACGCCGUCCAGAUGAUUACAUUUCUGUUUGGUGAGGAUGUCUUGAAAAAAUGGGGGAUCAUCGUGAUGACGUACGGGGACAACUUUGAGAAGGACAACAUGGAAGAGGAAAAAACAGAACUAUUUAAGUCUUGGUGUAACAAACAAGGGGGAGACUUCAAAGCUGUUUAUGAAGAGUGUAACAAAAGAUGUGUGCUGUUCAACAACAGAGCUAAACACAAGAAGGAGAGAGACGCACAAGUGGUACAACUGUUCCGUGCCGUGGACAUGAUAAAGAAUCGGGUUCACGGGCCGUACACUGAAGAAGAUUAUAGUCUAGCUGAAGCUAGGCGACUUUGUAUGCAAUUAAUCUCGCAAGGGCCUCAAAUUAGAGAAGACUGCGCCGACUUUUUAAAAGAUGUUAAUAGCCGUCUAGCUAAUAUCGGG